CAUAUUAUUAGUUUGAUGUAUCUUCUUUCAGUACUUAUGCCUCGUUGAUACGGGGAUAGUGCUGGAUAGUGGGUCUUUAAAAUAAAAACAAUUAGAAAAAAAGUGCUGUGAAAAACAUAUUUUGUGAGAGAGGAUUUCAUUAAAAACAAACCAUGGCGCUCUCAAUAACCGCCAAGCUGAUUAUAACGGUCGUAGUCCUGGGCGUGAUCGGCGGUAUGACAGCCACUAUAGUUCUGCUAUUGACGGAAGAAGACCAGGCGUAUGACAGUACUACCAGCACCACUUCUACUCCUACGACGCUGGUGUCGACUACUGAUGUGGGGGGAGAGGAUCUGCCGUAUCGAGUGGGAGUUGGUAUUGCCGAUAUGACGGGGCCUUGCGUGGAUAUUACUUUUAUGGGUUACGCAGAAGUGGGGCAAAGCGGCCGAGGUCUCCACCUGCGUCAGUUCGCCAGGUCCUUCAUCUUCGUGAAGGGAGACACCAGGAUAGUCCUGGUCACCGCUGAGGUGCAAGCUGUCGGUAUUGCAGUCAGAAGACAGGUGGUGAAGAAUCUCCAAGACCUGUACGGCGACAUGUACUCCCUGAGGAACGUGAUCCUGACGGGCACUCACACGCACAGUGGCCCUGGAGGUCACAUGGUGGACUUUAUCCUGGAUAUCAGCAUCCUCGGCUUCUCGCAGGAGACCUACAAUGCUUAUGUUGAUGGCAUAACCAGGAGUAUAGUCCGUGCCCACAACAACAUAGUACCAGCUCGCCUGUUCUUCGGGCAGACGAUGGUAACGGGCGCUCACAAGAACAGGUCUCCCUACUCCUAUGACUACAACCCUGAGGACGAGAGAGCUCGCUACGACUCCAACACAGACGACAUCCUCACUCAAGUGAAAAUCGUGAAGGCAGACAACAGCCUCCACGGCGUGAUGACGUGGUACUCCGUGCAUACCACCAGCAUGAACAUGACGAACCAGCUCGUCUCGUCUGACAACCUCGGGUAUGCAGCGCUGAGAAUGGAGAAGGAACUUAACCCUCAGAAUAAGCCGGGCAAGCCCGACAUCGUAGCAGGUUUCUUCUCAUCCAGCCUGGGCGACGUGUCCCCCAACACCCGUGAAGCCCGCUGCGAGUUCUCUGGCAAGGAGUGUGACAACCAGUUCAUCAUCUGCGAUCACCUGGAGAGGUGCUUCGCUGAAGGACCCGGCAGAGAUAUGUUUGAAAGCACUAAAAUUAUUGGCGAUGCAGUGUUUGAAGGAGCUUGGGAAGUACUGAAGUCCGAAGGUGAGGAGUUGACAGGAGAACUGAAAGUUAUUCAUCAGUUCAUUGAGAUGGGAGAAGAAACUGUCGCCAAGUAUGACCCAAUCACUCAGACCUUCGACGUUAAUAAUCCAGUAAAAGGCUGUGUUCCGGCCAUGGGCUACAGUUUUGCUUCAGGGACGAUCGAUGGUGCCAACACACUGAAUAUUACUCAGGGCACAAUCGAAGGUAAUCCGCUUCUGGACUUCGUGGGUGGUAUAGUAGCUGAAGCUACUCCUGAAGAUGUGGAAUGUCAGGCUCCGAAACCCAUUCUACUGGCUACCGGACGAGCCAACUUCCCCAUCCCAUGGCAUCCUCACAUCGUAUCAGCUACCCUCAUCUGGCUCGGAGACCUGGUGAUCCUGGGCGUGCCAGGAGAGCCAACCACCAUGUCCGGCCGGCGCAUGAAGGCCGUGGUCGGCGACGUGAUGGAGAGGCACGGGUUCGAGCCAAGAAUCGUGGUCUCAGGGUUGAGCAAUGAGUACAUACAUUAUGUUGCUACUUUUGAGGAGUAUCAGGUACAAAGAUACGAGGCAGCUUCUACGAUCUACGGUCCCAACACAUUGGACAUAUUCCUGAACAAAUUCAGUGAAUUCGCCACCAUUGCUAUUGAGGGUGGUGACGUGCCAGAGGGACCAGAGCCAGCAGACAACCGCGACAGAACUCUCUCCCUCAUUACACCGGUAGUCUUCGACGGCACUCCUCUCGGCAGGCGCUUCGGAGACUGCAUUCGGCAGCCACCCAGUGUUGCACGCAGCGGAGAUGUGGUGUCUGCUACUUUUGUGGCAGCGAAUCCUCGUAAUGAUCUGAAGCAGGAAGGCAGCCACGCGGUCAUCGAGAGGUUGGAGCUGUCACAGUGGGUGGAGUACACCAACGAUGCUGACUGGGAUACUAAGUUCACAUGGGAACGUGUAUCCACUCUCACUGGUACCAGUCAAGUGACGUUUGAAUGGAAAGUACCAGAAUCGGCCAUCUUGGCGUCCUACCGUAUUGUCUACCACGGAGCGUCCAAAGGCCUGCUUGGGAACAUCUCGCCUUUCCGAGGAGUUAGCAAUGCCUUCCAAGUUAUUGGAUAAUUUCAAUUUAUUUGAAGAAUAAUUUAGAUUAAUAGUUUUUUCUUCUAUAUCUACGUUUUUGUACCUAUACUAUUCGUCUUGAGGAAAAUGACUCCUAAUUAUGUUCAAGUACAAAAUAAUGUUUUUUUUUAAGUCUAAUUUUAAACGUUUCUGUGUAAAUAUGUACAUUAUUGUUAUUUAAUAUUAUUAAACGCCUAAUUAAUAAUUGUUGAAAAAUUGUU